AUGGCUGGAGGUAAUACUCGUGAGAAAGUUUCCCGUUUGGAAGAGUUCGUGGGUUUUCCUACAGAAACAGAGGUACAAGAUGGUGCAGAGAGCCUUGUUGUUCGAAUUGAAAACUUGGCUUCUGAAGUGGAGAUCUUGAAGACUGAUCCUGAUGGGUUUGGUGACUUCAUGCAGGCCACCAAAGAGCAAUUGACCCGUAUCUCUGAAGAUGUUGAGUUAUUGACUGACGUCUUCAAGAAGAACCUGAAAGACCUUGAAGAUGAAGUGUCCUUGGUGAAGAGGGCCAUUCAUGGGAGUUCUAGAGGCGGUGGUGAUCCUCUUUCACAGAAGAUCAAGGUGCCGGAUCCCAAGUCUUUCAGUGGCACCCGAAAUGCCAAAGAGUUGGAGAAUUUCCUAUGGGACAUGGAGCAGUACUGCAAGGCUGCUCGGAUCCCCGAUGGCGAGAAGGUGACCAUUACAAGCAUGUAUCUGUCUUGUGAUGCUUGUGAUGCAAAACUAUGGUGGCGCACAUGGACAGAGGACGAUGCUUCUGCGGGUAGGCCUUGGAUUGAAGUUUGGGAGACCCUUAAGAAGGAAUUGAAGGACCAGUUCUUGCCUCAGAACACUGCAUGGAUUGCAAGGGAAUCUCUGAAGAAAUUGAAGCACACAGGUACCGUUCGUGACUAUAUGAAGGACUUUAGUUCCUUGAUGCUGGACAUUCGAAAUAUGUCAGAGGAGGACAAGCUGUUCAAUUUCAUGUCCGGAUUGCAACCAUGGGCUCAGGCAGAACUCCGUAGGCAAGACAAGAAGAAGUCCAAUGAGGGGAAAAAAGACAAAGGCCAGUCCUUCAGGUUCAAGGACAAGAAUCAAAAGAAGGAUAAAGGUAGUGGCUUUGUCAAGGCCAAGGCAAAUUAUAAUAACAAAGGGAGCAGUAGUAGGACUAAGCCCAACUACGGUUGUUUCAUCUGCAAUGGUCCCCAUCGUGUUAGGGACUGCCCCAAGAGGGAGAAGCUGAGUGCUAUUGUCGCUGAUUCAAAAGGAGACUCAGACUCGGAAAGUGGUCCAACCCGAGUCAAUCCUCUGCAAAUGCUGAAUGCUCUUACUGAAGAACAGUCCAUGGAGUUGAAAGGGGUCAUGUUCAUUCAGGUGACGCUGAACGGCAAGGAAGUUUUGGCAAUGGUGGACACGGGAGCCACUCAUAACUUCAUUGCGCAGAGGGAAGUAAGUAACUUUAAUUUAAAGUUAAUUCCACAUGCUAAUAAGAUGAAAGCUGUGAAUUCUGAAGCCAAGCCUGUCUUAGGCAUGGCCACCACUUCUAUGAAAGUUGUAGCUCUUUAUGGGCACCAAAAGAAGGAAGAUCGUAAAUAUGGCUGCAUCGAAAUAACUUCUGCAUUGCAAGUGAAAACAGGUUUGAAGAGGGGAGACUCUACCUUUCUUGCAGCUAUGAUAGAGAUCAAACUGGACCAGUUUGUUGAACUUCCAGAUUCUGUUGCUGAAAUUCUAGAAGAAUUUGCAGAAGUGAUACCACCAGAACUACCCAAGCAAUUGCCCCCUCGACGUGCUGUUGAUCACAAGAUAGAGUUGGAGCUGGGUUCUAGGGCUCCUGCUCAGGCCCCAUACCGGAUGGCGCCUUCAGAACUGGCUGAACUGCGUAGAUAG